GUCACUGGAAUGACGUUUUGUUUUGGGGUAUUGUGUUUGACGUACGGGGAUAAAAGUUAUUUUGCAAUUUGUUAAUUAAUUUAUUGUAAAGACAUGAACGAAGCUAAUAAGAAUAUUUUUAUAUCAAAUACCUAAUUAGUUAAACUUGCAAACAUGUUGAUCGAUAUUGAAUAGCUAUACUAUACGAUCAGCAUGCCGACGUUUUUAACGCCGGGGCGCCAUGGGUAUAGUGUGCGGUUCUCAAGGACUCGCCCUGAUGCCCUCGCAGUUGCGACAAGUCAAUACUACGGGCUUGCCGGUGGCGGAACGCUGUUUUUCUUGGAGUUGGCACCUGAUGGAAGCACUAUCAUAGAAGUACAGAAGUUGGAAUGGAGUGACGGACUCUUCGAUGUGACAUGGUCCGGCACGACAGACAGCGCAGCGGCGUGUGGCGCGGGCGACGGCGCCGUCAUAGUGUGGCGUGCGGGGUGCGCCGCCCCCCUACGCGUGCUGCGAGCACAUACCAGCGAAGUAUGCUCCGUAGACUGGCCUAGAACUCAUCUGCUCAGUGCAAGCUGGGAUACGACUAUCAAACUGUGGGAUCCAGAAUCAGAAGCAUGUCUGAGCACGUUCGCGGGUCACUCUCAGCUGGUGUACACGGCAGCGUUCUCACCACACUCGCCCGCGACGUUCGCGUCUGUGUCGGGCGAUGGACAUCUCAAGCUGUGGACUUGUACGGAACCGGCGAGACCUGCAGCUGUCGUGAAGGCUCAUGAUGCAGAGGUGUUGUCGUGUGACUGGAGUAGAACAGAAACUCAUGCACUAGCCACAGCGGGCUCGGACGGGUUGGUCAGAGGAUGGGACUUACGGAGGCUCACAUCCCCAAUGUUUACACUGAAAGGUUGUGAAUGCGCAGUAAGAAGAGUGCAGUUUUCGCCACACGCACCAUCUGUCUUGGCAGCGGUUUCGUAUGACUUCACAACAAGGAUAUGGGACCUGAAGCGCGGCUGUGACCCGUUGGAGACGAUCCGGCACCACUCGGAGUUCACGUACGGGCUCGACUGGAACGCGCUGCGGCCGCACCAGGUGGCGGACUGCGGCUGGGACUCGCUCGUGCACGUCUUCACGCCGCGCUCUCUCGCAUGAGACUCGAGCACAGGUAUUGCGGAGGUGAAUGUGAUAUGACAAAAAGGCUGUGGUUUGGUACGUCAGUGUGCCAAAAUGGAUUGUAUAGAGAUCUAUAUUAUAAUCAGGGUUUAACGAGCGCUUCGAUAGCGGUGGGAUGUGGUGCCUAGCGAUAGAUGAUGGCGAAACAGGGAAUCUAGUUUGCAACCUACUGUGGUGUUGGAAGCGGUAUUAUUAAUUAAACAAAUAAUAGUAGAACUUGGGAAUUCAUUAUUUGGAGCUAUUUUAGACAAACAAGAGUCUUAGGACAUCGUUUUGGACCCUUUUCUAAAUUUGGAAUUUUACUCUUGCAUCUUAUUUUGAAUGUAACGUAAAUAUGUUACUGUACCUCGAGGACGAAUUUACGCGCUAUCGUAUAGUUAACGGAACUAAGUAAAAUUUUGUAUGGAGAUUUGAACAGCGCCUCAGUGAGCGUAUUUGGAACUAAAAUACUGCAGUGUGAACAACGCGCGUAUGUUAACUUCGAAGGGUAAAUUACGUAACCAUAGUAUUGGUAAACUUAAUGUAUGGCAGUACGAAUGGUUUUUUUUCCGUUUAUUUAAAAAAUUAGUAUUCAUACUUUAUCGCGGUUUUUUAUAUUUUAAUUAUCUCUUGACGUUUCGUAGACUGCAGCCUUCAUGGUCACGCGGCGGACUAAGGUAUUGGGUAGCCCGAAAACCCAGUUACAAUAUCUUCUUACGUUUAAAAAUUAUACAAAAAACGAAAACUAGUUUUAUCUAGAUGUUCGACAGUUCCGUACCCAUAAUAAAUUAUUACGUAUUGUCAAAUAACUAUCAAGAAAUACGUAUACGUUAACUUAAUCUAUACUAAUACUAUACGAUAAUGCGUAAUUUCCUGUUCGUACUGUUAUUGAAACCAUAAUGUGGGUUAUAUGAAUUAAUACAUAAUACAGCAACAUCAAGAAUGCAUAAAAUGUUCAGUUGACAGCGUUUCAUAAAGGGACAAAAUUGUGCAGGCGGCGUUUUUAGUAUUAAAUUAUUCAGUAAUUCGAAAUAUCACUCACAAAGAUGUAUUAAGUAUUGUAAUUUAAAAGAAUAGGGGACUGUUUCACAACUUGUGAGUAAAUGGUACUCGUCACAUUAAAUAAGCCGACCAAAUUCAAAAGUCAGGCCCUAAUCUAUGCUCCAAAAUAAAUAGUAAUAAAAAUCGUACUAUCUACAUAAGUUGUUUAAUACGAUAAUUGUCAAAUAAAGCUUACUUGAAACUUGUGAAACAGAACCUUAUAAUGCUGACUUUGUUAUGGUUAAUGUUGUUUUCUUAUCUAUUUUCGUGGUUACUCUAUAUUUUUAUUGGUGUAUGAUCCGUAAUAUUUAGCAUAAUUACAUAUUACUUGUUACUGUCUUAUAGAUUUAUUGCUGAUGAAAAAUGGAUUUUAUUGCUUUUUGUAAAAGUAUUAAAACUGAUUGUUUUAAUCUGUAUCGAAUAUUGAAACCUUCAUUUAGAUGGUUUUUUGUUACGGUUUUUACUAUUUUACUUCGUUAACUUAUUUGUAAGUUACUUGACUGACUUUAUUUAAGCAUUCCGUGGAGCUUUUUAAUUGCAUAAUUUAAAUAAAUAACUAUUAAUAAACAGUUGAUAUCUUUAAACAUUUGCAUGUUAAUAAUAUUCCUUACCAGCAAAAAUAUUAGCCUAAUUAUAAGAACAAUGAUAAUGUUUACAUAAUUUCAUACAUUUUAUUAAGUGCUUUAUUCACAAAUAAAAAUAUAAUAUUUUAACUCUGCAUAUAACGAACUUUAAUUAGUAAACAGCCGGUGUCAAUAUCUUACUGUCCGAUUACAAACAAUUGAGCUUAUUGAAGGUGGUUAUCUGUUUUUAUAAGCUAAGAUAAGAAUACUUUAUCCUAUCUAUCGUAAGGUAGAAUAUGAUUACUGUCAUUGAUGUUUCGUUUUUGCCAAAGAUGAACAUAGAUUGUUAUAAUCAUUUAUGAAAUAAACUUCUUUACGUUAAGUCAUUUAAAAAUAUUGUAGUUGAAAACAUGAAAAAUUUUCAAACAUAUUUAAAAAAAAAAAAAACCUUUGGCAGGUAUUCACUAGAGUUACGGGUGUUAUCUUACUUGUACUGAGACAAGCAUUCAGUUAUUUAUAAUGAAACAGCAGUAACAGUUAGUGUAACUUUUACCGUCGAGUUGUGAUAGUAAACUCCAGUUAUAGGUUUGUACGUUAUUGAGACCGGCCGUAAUGAGACAUAGCAAACUAUCGAUAAAUUUUACUUAUAAUUUUUGUAAAUACUUUUUGUAUAAUAAUAAUCUUGUAAUAUAUUCUAUGGUAAACUGUAUAUUGUAGUUAGCUUGUUGAAAGAAUCGAGAAUUAUAAUGGCAAUGUUUCCUAUUUAACGUGUUUUAUGGACUCCAUAAAUGAAUGUACUAUGUAGAGUAUUUAAUAAGUGUUUAUGUGUGAGCUUAUGACUUGGUUUCGUGGCAUCGAUAAUCGACUAUCCGAAAUAUCGAAUUUUGUUUGUAUUUUUACGCCAAACGGCACUGGAAUAAUACCAUAUAGUUAUGUUGAAAUAAUUACGCAUUUCGGAAUAAAGUUUUAAUUGUCAAACGGAAUAGGACGUAUUCGAUAGAUGUGUUAUUUUACGAUUAUCGAUACAUUAACCUCAUUUGCAAAACAAAGUAAACCCAUACAAUAUCUACGUUAUUUGUUUACCUACAAACUUUUGUAUUUAUCCAAAUAUUAAAUAAAACAAUAAAAUGUAA